CUGAUUUGGACCGGCUCCGCGUGCAGGAGCAAGAUAGCGCGCAAGACGCAGCGCGACGAGCGCCGGGCGCUGUCCGGCCUGGGCGCGAGGACGCGCGCGGUGGCGGCCGGCAUCCUCGGCGUGGUCAUGGUGCUGGUGCUGGUCAUCCUCAUUCCGGUGCUGGUGAACGCGGCCGGGACGGACGCGCGCUACGAGACGCUAAACGCCUGCAGGAUGGUCUGCGAUCCCUACGGCACCAUUAAGCCGCCGGCGCGUGCCACCGGUAACGACCCGCGCUCCGUCCAGCCCCCGACCACUUUCCUGCGCGGUCCGAAAGGGGACCCAGGACGCACCGGCCGCAUUGGACCGAGAGGUGAACCAGGUCCACCUGGACCACCAGGGCCGCCGGGUAAAGUUGGCAAUCCAGGACCGCCCGGGUUACCCGGACCCCCGGGGGUGCUCGGGGUGAGCGGCGGCGUCGUAAACGCGGCCACGUACACCACGGUACCCAAAGUGGCUUUUUACGCGGGGCUCAAGAAGCAGCACGAAGGCUAUGAGGUCCUCAAGUUCGAUGAUGUAGUCACUAAUCUGGGUAACCACUACGACCCGACCACCGGCAAGUUCACCUGCUCCAUCCCGGGUAUCUAUUUCUUCGUGUACCACGUGCUCAUGCGGGGAGGCGACGGCACGAGCAUGUGGGCUGAUCUGUGCAAAAAUAACCAGGUCAGGGCGAGUGCCAUUGCUCAGGAUGCAGAUCAGAACUAUGACUAUGCCAGCAACAGCGUGGUGCUACACUUGGAGAGUGGAGACGAAAUCUACAUUAAGCUGGACGGCGGAAAAGCUCACGGCGGGAACAACAACAAAUACAGCACCUUCUCUGGGUUCAUGAUUUACGCAGAUUAACAAGUGACAGGAACUUGCUGCUAACAUGAAAGCUGUUUUGUUAUUUUUUUCCAAUGAGGAGACAUUAGAAUGAAAGGAAACGCUGCAGAUAAAUGCAGUUACAUCGUGCAAUUACAGUGUUCACUUGUGAUUAAAGGUUAGCAUCCCUAAAACUGGACAUGGCGGUUUAAAUCAUGGUUAGCAUAACAUGUCGUGUAAAAUCCUUUAAAAAGGAUCGUUUUGUGAGGUUGGGGGAAAAAAAAGGACUUAGUGACCUUAAGCAUGUGACGACUUCAUCCACCGGUUAGAUUGUAGACGAAUCACUGUGAGUUACAGGGAAGAAAAUGGGGUUAAGUAACAAUGUUGUGUUUGUUUGUGGGUCAGUUUUCGAGCCUCAACAUGCGUUUAAUCGCAUGUUGUUGGUGACAGUGUCACAUUUCUGCUGAGCUUCAUUUCAAAUUUUAUCACGACAACCUGCGACGAGUCACGCCAGCACUGAAACGCUGUACCUCAUCUGAUCUUUGUAUUGCUUUGUUAUUGGAUUACAUAACAUUGUGUAAUAUACAAUAAAAUUACAAAUGCAUCUCCACGGCUGGUUUUUCAAAGCGUUAUUAUGGGUCAGCAGGAUUUCUGUGUCUAUGUGUGGCACAAGACUAGGACCAGCUUGAGCAUUAAUCAGUGGAGGAUCGCUGUUGUUAAUCCUAAUACUUCUUCACUGAAUAAUUUUCAAGCAUUUCCAUUAUGAUUCUCGAAUCUCAG